AAUUCCCUGAACUCUAGGAAGGUUCCAUUAAAUUGGAACAUGGUGAAUAUUAAUUCCUUUGUUCAAAAAAGGGAGACAACGAGCAGGAAACUACAGGCAGAAGGUUUGGGAGCACAGGGCUGCUGAAGGAUUACUGCCUCUGCAGUCACAGUAACAAAUGGGUGGUUGUUCCAGUCAGUCACUGUGCCUUGGACAUGAAAGUAAUCACUGCCAGGCUCGGCUGCUGCCAGAACCUUCUGACAUUCACAAACCGGGACGUCAAACAGUGCCUGGGAAUGAGCACAAUGGCCUGAAGCUGAGCAGUGAUGAUUUGGAGAAGCUCACUAGUGCUUGGACCUGUCGAGACAUUGGAUCAAUGACCAAACAGAGUGACGGAGAAUCAAAGGAGAUCAGCAAAUUAGAGAUAGUUACAGAUGAUAUCUCCAACAUUAAACAUGAUUCUCUCCAUCAGUUCUGGCUGUCGAUGGGAAGGAAUUGCAGAUGUGAAUGUGGGACUGGACGGUCUUGGCAAACAGUGACUGGACAAGAAGUGACUGAAAUCAAAGAAGUGACUGAGACGGUCAUCACUGAGGUCAUUGAAGUCAUUGAGUUCCCGGUCAAUCAGAGGAGGAGCGAGUCAAAGAAAACCACCAUGGCUGGGAUCUUGCUGUGCCAUAAGCAGACUGUGCAGGAGGGUUUGGAAUCUCCUGGAGAAUGUAGACAAGAGGCAACAGAGCCAAGAAACUUACAACUUGAGAAGAACAAGCUCCAACUGACUGGGAAAGACCCUGGCCAAGCUAGCCCUCCAUUGGCCUCAGGACUUGUUGAUGAUGAUUUGGAAAGUUGGAUCAAUGACAUUGAAGAUGUGACAGCCAAUCAGAGGCCUCCCUCCUCUGAGCUGGAGGUACUGAAAGCACAAUUACAGGAACAGAAGAUUGAACUGUCUGAUGCUAACAGCCACAAUCUGGAACAGAUUCAGCGUGAGAUCAGACUGAAAUAG